GCGGGCGGGCGGGAGCUGUCCGCGGUGCUGAAGCAGCGGCGGCGACAGCGGCAGGGACGCGGGCCGGGAGCAGGGAGCUCUCCUGGAAGCUCCACCGCGGCUGCCAGGCGGGGACGCCGUCGCUUGCCGGCCCAUGCCCGGUCCCCGAGCCCCACGAGGAGGCGGGACAGUCCGCAGCGCGACAGGCUCCGAGAGGACCGAGUCAGGAACCGAGACUCCCGUCCCUGGCAACUGCAGGCAGAACCAUGGAGAGCCUGAGUGAACUGCAGAACCCACUGCUGCCGCGGAGCCCCGCCCACCUCCACAGCCCCUACCCCUACACGGAGGCCCCGUCCAGCUGGUCCUGCCAAGAGAAGCUUUAUUCCUACCUCCUAGGAGGUACUGGUCCUGCUCGCACCCACCAGCUCCUGGACCCCGGGUCCCUGCAGCUGGCCGUGGAGGCUUGGUAUCGGCCCAGCUGCCUCCUGGGAAAGGACAAGGUCAAAGAACCCAAAGCAGGCAGCUGUGAGACCAGCUUCACCGAAGCCAGGGAGCCUCCAGUGGGACCCGCAGGGCACAGCUCAGAACCUGGUCAAACUGAGGAGGAUGUCACCAUCCACACCGUGUCCUAUGGGGUUCAAGAGGAGCUGCAGGGCCAGGAGGGCAGUCAGGAGGAGGAGAGCGAUGCGACCUCCACAGAGAGUGAAAGUGAGGACACCUUCCUCACCCUGCCUCCCAGGGACCACUUGGGGCUCACUCUGUUUUCCAUGCUCUGCUGCUUCUGGCCUCUGGGCAUUGCCGCCUUCUACUUCUCCCAGGGGACCAGCAAGGCCAUCUCCAAAGGGGACUUCCGCCUGGCCAGCACCACCUCCCGCCGGGCGCUCUUCCUGGCCACACUCUCUAUCGCUGUGGGGGCCGGUCUCUAUGUGGCUGUAGUGGUGGCUCUGGCUGCUUACAUGUCCCAGAAUGGCCAUGGCUAAUGGUCAGUAGGACCCUCGUCCUGACUCUCCUGGCCUGCCAGAGGGAGGCUGUAAGGCUUGGAACUGUGUGCUCCACGGAGAGCCUUGACCCGGAAGCGAGCCUGUGACAACGGCUUGUUGAGGGGAGGCCUCCCAUUCUGCGCCUCACAAGGCCCUCUUGCCCACCACUCCCAGUCCAGUGCAAGCCAAGCAGGAAGCAGGAAGCAGCAUUGUCCCACAGUCCUAGCCCACUCCCCACAGGACCUCAGUCCCACAGGCAGCUCAGUCCCCCACUAGCCACAGAGAAAGAGCAGGAGGUUCCGGGGAGAAAAGGAACAAAGGAUGCGGCCAGCCUUUUCAGGCCACAGGGCUCUCCCCGGUGUACAUCUAACCCCUCCCCCAUGAUGCCCAAGACCCUCCAAUCAGGAAAGAAACCAUCCCUUGCUCUUUCUGACUCCGGGUACUAGUGUGGAAGAUAGUCUCAGCAGUGACUCCCAGGGUAGAGAUGGGUUGGUGAGCUCUGUACUGAGGGCGGGUUCCUGGGGCUUCUCUGCACCAGGCAAAAGGCAAGUACAGUGCCAGAGAGGAGGACUAAGAAUUCACCUAAGGGCUGGGCGUUGGUGGCGCACGCCUUUAAUCCCAGCACUCGGGAGGUAGAGGCAGGCGGAUCUCUGUGAGUUCGAGGCCAGUCUGGUCUACAAAGUGAGUUCCAGGACAGCCUCCAAAACAAUACAGAGAAACCCUGCCUCGAAAAACAAAAAAAAAAAAAAAAAAAAAAAAGAAUUCACCUAAGGGAUUUGCUUCUCUCCAUCCUGGUGGGCAAGGGUAUGUAAGAGCCUCCAGUGGAGGUUUCCAGGCUGUUUGGAUUCUGUCUGGACUAUUUGGUCUGGAGCAAUUUUGUAGCCAUUUCUAAAUCCUCCAUCAACCUAAGCAGGAAGGUCAGGCCUUUCUCUCCACCCAUGAUAUUUUCCCAUCUUUGAGUGAUGGGGUAAUGGUGGUAAUGGCCCCUGAGCACCUUCUGAUAACUGCCACUCAGGACUGCUUCCAAGCCCCUCUGCGCCAAGGCACUAAGGAAUGACAGUUCCAGAGACAUCAAGAGCAGAGGAAAGGGAAGCCCCCCGGGACUCAGCCUGCAGGAGGACUGUGCACGAUUUGGGGACCCUGGUCAUUUACUCGCCCUGGUUCCACCACUGGCCAUCCUUGGUCCCACCCCCACCCCCCCCACUUCAGGUGUUGCCCACGCUCCACUCCUGCACUGGCAAUUUUAAUGUCCCCGUUCUGUCUUUAUUUAUCCUGAUAAUAAACUUUUCUGUAACACCUGG